GGACGCCCUCUGAUCUUUCACUCCACGUGCUCCCAGAGCACGCGUGCAUUGUUGUACCCUCACUAUCUGCUUGCAUUCAGGCCGGCUUCAUCCUUUUGUUGUUGUUCUGCUCCGCUUCGCCUACAAUGGCGUCACACGCAAACAGCGCACAUGACUUCCUAAACCUGGACAUCCAGACAUUACGCCAAUAUGUUGAGCUUUUCCCCAACGAGGGCCUUUCCAAGGUGGUCACUGGCUACUUGAGCAGCGGAUUGUCCCGAUAUCCUCUAAAGGUCGAAAGCGCCGAUGCACCAGAUCUUAGUGAGGGUGGGGUAUCGCUCAGCCAGAAUGAGCCACUCACGCAAGAGGAUUGUUUGAUGCUGAUGACCGAGGGUAUCGAAGAUGCGAAGAACUCAGCACUGGCGCAUUGUCUUCUCGGAGAGUUCUAUUUGUUUCUGGAAGAGUAUGAGAGCGCUGUUGAGACUACUCGGAAAGGCCUGCGACUCGCGGCUACUGAGGCGAAGAGAACAGACUUGUCAUUCCAGAGGAUGCGAGAUGCACUGAACAGCACAUUGGGAACAGCACUAGUCUACUACCAGACCCCAAGGAAUCAUCCUGAGGCAAAAGGAAUCUUCGAAUCAAUACUGAAGCGGAAACCUCAGUUCACUGCAGCUUUGAUCGGUAUCGGGCUCAUUCUAGAAGAGGAGGAAGAAUAUGCCAAUGCUGUAGAGUUCCUUGAGCAAGCACUGAAGCAGGAUCCGGCGAACGGCCGCAUCGGCGCAGAGGCAGCCUGGUGCCAGGCCCUCAGUGGCAACUAUCAGACCGGUCUCUCAAGACUUCAGGACUACCUUGAGUACCCCCAGCUAGACGCAUCGAAACCGCGAGGCCGCGAGCUCCGGGCGCAAACACUGUAUAGGAUAGGUGUUUGCAUGUGGGAACUCGAUUCGUCCAAAGCAGCGCGUCGUGAUCGUUCGGGGCCUUACGCGAAGUUUUUGGCCGCUAUCAAAGCGAACCCAAACUUUGCGCCUGCAUACACUAAGCUCGGUAUCUUCUAUGAAGAGUACAACAAAGACAAGAGGCGCGCGAGGCAAUGUUUUCAGAAAGCUUUCGAGCUGUCACCUUCAGAGAUUGUUGCAGCGGAAAGGCUGGCACGCCUUUUUGCCAAUCAAGGUGAAUGGGACAUUGUCGAGGUGAUAUCACAGAGAGUGGUCGACUCUGGGAAGGUCAAAACCGCGCCGGGUUCGAAGAGGAAGGGUGUUAGCUGGCCGUUCUCCGCGCUUGGAGUUGUGCAGAUGAACAAGCAGGAGUAUCAGAAGAGCAUUGUUUCGUUUCUAUCGGCUCUCCGCAUCAGCCCUGACGACUACAAUUCGUACAUUGGCCUCGGCGAGAGCUACCAUAACUCAGGUCGCUACAACUCCGCCGCAAAAGCCUUCAACUAUGCUGAAAAUCCUUCCGAGGGGGUAACAAUCAAAAAGGCGGACAGCCAGGGUUGGUUCGCGAAGUACAUGCUGGCGAACGUCAACCGCGAACUCAGCGAGUUCAAUGAGGCCAUUAAAGGUUAUGAAGAGGUCCUCAAAGAGCGAUCUCAGGAGUUUGGAGUUUCAAUCGCGCUGGUACAGACGCUGGUAGAGAAAGGAUGGCGAUGCAUCGAAACCGGCUUCUUUGGUGAGGCGGCAGACAGCGCCACCCGCGCCAUUGAUGUGGCUCUUGGUAUCACGGAGUACAAACCCGAUGCGUUCAACUUGUGGAAAGCUGUCGGCGAUGCUUUGAGCAUAUUCACCUGGGUUCAAGAGAAGCUGCAGCAGUGUCCAGGCAGCCAGGUGGCCAAAUUGCUGAACAGCAAGUCGGACAUUGAGCUGAAUUGGGAUGCUCAUAAAGAUGUUGACGGAAUUGGGGGUGGCGAUCUGGCUGCUCUCUCAUUGGAGAAAGCCUCAACCUUAUCGACAGUACUGAAAGCUUCGAUACUCGCGCACAAGCGUGCAAUUGCAAGCUGUGCCCACGACAUCCAUGCGCAAGCCGUCGCCUGGUACAAUCUGGGCUGGACCGAAUACCGCGCCCACGUCUGCCUAGAGCAGGAAGUCGCCCAAGAUUCGAGCCUCACCACGUAUCUCCGCGCAGCAAUGCGGUGCUUCAAGCGAGCCAUCGAGCUCGAAGCUGGCAACUCGGAGUUUUGGAACUCCCUUGGUGUCAUCACUACCACGCUCAACCCCAAGGUUGCUCAACAUGCCUUCGUCCGCUCCCUUCAUCUCAACGAGCGAAGUGUUCGCGCUUGGACUAAUCUGGGUACGCUGUACCUGCUCCAAAACGACACUGAGUUGGCACACCAAGCCUUCUCUCGAGCACAAUCACAGGACCCAGACUACGCCUUGGCAUGGGUAGGAGAAGGCAUUGUCGCCCUACUCUUUGGCGAUACAAACGAAGCGCUCUCGCAUUUCACGCACGCAUUCGAGCUUUCCGACUCAUCGCCCUUGAUCACCAAGCGCCAAUAUGCCAUGUCGACUUUCGAUUUCCUAAUCUCCUCGCCAUCCGCAUCGAGCAACAUCACCAACCUCAUACAGCCCUUAUUCGCCCUCCACCAACUAGGCUUCCAAGCCCCAUACGACAUCCCGCACAAGCACCUCGCAGCCCUCUUCCUCGAGCGCAUCGGCAACCACGACUCCGCUAUCGAAGCCCUCACCACCAUCUGCUCAGUCGCGGAGCAAGACUACGAAACCUCCGAGUCGCUCUCUGCUCUCGUCCGCUUCGCCAAGGCAAAGAACGACCUCGCCCGCAACCUCCUCGCAACAGGCUCCCACAGUGCCGCCGUCGAAGAAGCCGAAACAGCACUUGAGCUCCUCUCCGACUUCGACGCGCAAGCCAAUGCCGCCGUGCUCUCCCCCGCCGCACUCGACAAAACGACCCUGUCGGCAAGACUAACAGCCGGUCUCGCGCACUACUUCCACGGCGACCUUGACGCCGCGAUUCCCUACUUCCGCACGUGCCUCUCCGCCACAAACUCCGACCCGGACAUCAUUUGCCUCCUCGCGGAGGUGCUCUGGGCCAAGGGCGGAGAGAAUGAAAAAGACGUUGCGCGCGAGCAGCUGUUCGCGGCCGUGGAAACGCACGGGCGCCACGUCGGCAUCGUGACGCUGCUCGGUGCGAUGGCGGUCGCGGAUGAAGACGAAGAUACCAUGGCUGCAGUGAAGGAGGAUCUUGAUGCGCUGCGCACGGCGGCGGAUGUCUCGCCGGAAGAUCUUGCGCGUGUGGAGAAGGUGCUCGAAGCUAUUUCUGUGGUUCUCGGUAGCGAGGAGAACGAGUUGGAUGAGGCUAGGCGGAGCGUUAUGCUCGCGCCGUGGAAGCACACUGGGUGGAAGGAAUUAGCUGGUGCGGCGGAGGAGGGCCCUUUCGCAGCGGUGAUGGCGAGGGAGACGGCGGGGCGUAGUGUGCCGCCUGUCGGGGGGCUGGAUGCGCGGGGGUUGGCGGAUGCGGUGGUGGGGACAGGGGCUGUGGCAGAUGCGCAAAGGAGUGUGGUGCUUGCGCCGUGGCGGAUAGAGGGAUGGGGUGCGUUGCGGGAGUGUGUGUCGAAGGCUUGAUCGCAUUGGGAAUGUGUGUUGUGUAGGACUUAAGCGCAUCGAGUAGAUAGGACGAGUCAGGAGGAACGAGACAUGGAGCAAGUUUGGGUAGUGCUGCACAUCUGGCCUGCUCCGUCAAUCCCCACAGCUUCGCGCCAUC